AUUUAGACCGUCGCCAUCUUGGAUUUUUAGAGCCAGAAGUGAUGAAAAGUGACCAUAUUGGGACUAGAAGAAGUGGCGCAUUUUGUCAACAGUGAGAUUAAAUCCAACUGUAGGUGGGAUGUCAUAAUCCAUGUGAGACAGAAAGAGACUGAGGCAUCAUGGACUCCUGGAUCUUUCCAUCAUCCCCUCCGAACCUGUCGGAGCACCUCAUGUAUGACAGCUUCAUGCAGGGCAAUGAGUCAGACAUCCAUGGGAACUACACAGACCAUAGCUUCAACAGAACCAGCACGGUGGUCAUCACCUGCAUGUACUUUCUGGUUUGCACGGUGGGGCUCUGUGGAAACGCCCUCGUCAUCUACGUCAUCCUGCGCUACGCCAAGAUGAAGACAGUCACCAACAUCUACAUCCUCAACCUGGCAGUGGCUGAUGUGCUCUUCAUGCUUGGCCUGCCAUUCAUCGCCAUCCAGCUGGCGCUGGUCCAUUGGCCAUUUGGCCCAGUGCUCUGCAGGGUAGUGAUGACCGUCGACUCCCUGAACCAGUUCACCUCCAUCUUCUGCCUCAUGGUCAUGAGCAUCGACCGCUACCUGGCUGUGGUGCAUCCAAUUAAGUCCACAAAGUGGCGCAAGCCUCGCAUGGCCAAGACUAUCAACCUGACAGUGUGGGGGGUGUCUCUGAUGGUGAACCUGCCCAUCGUUAUCUACAGCGGCGUGAUCACAAAGCACGAUGGAUGCUUCUGCACCAUCGUGUGGCCUGAGCCUCAAGAGGCCUACUACACAGCCUUCAUGUUCUACACUUUCAUCCUGGGCUUCUUCCUGCCCCUCAUGGUCAUCUGCCUUUGCUACUUGUUCAUCAUCAUCAAGGUGAAGUCCUCAGGCAUCCGGGUGAGCUCCUCCAAGAGGAAGCGCUCAGAGAGAAAGGUGACUCGGAUGGUGUCCAUCGUGGUGGCAGUGUUCGUCUUCUGCUGGCUGCCUUUCUACGUCUUCAACGUCACCUCAGUGACGGGCACCAUCAGUACCACUCCCAUCCUCAGGAGCACCUUCGCUUUUGUGGUGGUUCUAGGAUAUGCCAACAGCUGUGCCAACCCAAUCCUCUAUGCCUUCCUGUCAGAGAACUUCAAGAAGAGUUUCCAGAAUGUUCUCUGUCUUAAGAAGGUGGGUGGGCUGGAUGAGGUGGAGCGCAGUGACAGCCGACAAGAUAAGUCUCGCAUGAUGAACGACCCCACAGAGACCCAAAGUACUCUGCUGAAUGGUGACCUGCAGACCAGCAUCUGAGGGGAAGGUGAUAGUACAGCCAUCUCUGUGCAACUGAAAACAGUCAGCCCUUUUCAAUCACUAAUCAGAAGGUAUAUUACUAAACAUUAAACAAGGAGCUCAAAAAUAGACGUGUCACUUGUUAAGGAGAAAACACAGACAGACAUGAAAAACAUGUUGAACUGCACUGUCCCUUUAUCCACCUCCAUUCAUUGUUGGGUUUCCCCGACCGUGAACAAAUCCAUUACAACAUAAUCAAAAGGUCAAAUGUUUGCUCUGUGCUGUAAAUGAAAUGAUAAUGAAAUCUGGACCUCAGUGUAUUGACUCUGACGUGGUAGAACGGACACUAACGUCCACUUACCGGUCCCCUGGGUGACAUGAAUGUCACCUGGAGACCCAAGAUUAUAUACAUAGUUUACAGCAGAGGGCCUGUGCCAAGUUUCCAUAGUUCUGUGUGAAAAUAUCACAACAAACCUGUGUGCUCGUAUGCUGUAAAACAGCAACAUGCUGUUGAUAAAACUGGCAUUUCUCUAUUUUCUUUCUGGAGAAUGUUUUGACUGUAGAUAUCUGUAUAAAAAACGGACAUACUGUCAGAGGAUUUUAUAUUUAGAGUUAUUCAGUUUGGCUGGCUUGUAAAUAAGUAAUGAUUUUUUUUUUCAGUUACAUAAUGUAAUAAGUGUCAGUGCCAUUGAUUCUGUUGUACAGCAGUAUGAUUUAAUGUGCGAGCAGUAUGCAGUUUUACAUUUGAUACAAAUGUAUUCAAAUGCAAAUGUGAAUAACAAUGUUAAGUCAGCGACCAACCAAAAAUGUAGGUCUGUGUUGCUUUUACCCUGCUUCAUAAUAGUUACAUGCAUAAUUUAUAUUUUGUUAAUGGUAAUGGCUAGGUCGAUAAUCCAAGCCAGCCUCUAACCAACGUGCUGCUAUCAUGUAUAGAAUUGAUUCUACUACAAUUAUGUACAGAAUUACAUAAAUGUCACCGUAUGCCUG